AUCAAAAAAAUGAGACGAUCUGGAAUUCAGCGAGAUGUGCUCGCUCUCUACAGGCUUUGCCUGCGGGAGGUAGGGAAGAAGCCGAAGGUAUUAACAAUCCGUCCUGCCUUCUUUUGUUCUUCAUUCAUACCGACGUGUUUUCCCGCUACUGACUCCGCCGUCGCGAGAGCAGGAAGUUCGAGACAACUUUCGGAACUAUGCGAGGUUCGACGCAAUCACCACCUUUAGCAAUUCCACCGUAACAGUAUAUGCGGAAUUCCUAAUCGAGGGAGGGGCACAGAGAAAACUUCCGAGCACAUCUCGACAUCGACCGGCGGGACUUUGCAACAAUCGAGCACCUCCUGCGGGUGGGGCAGAGAAAACUAGAGGUGUAUUCGCAGCCAGGGAUAAAGGACAUCUCCCGA